CCCGAAUCUUGACCGUCGUGGCUUGUGAUGGGGGCGGCGGAGGUGUCGAUCGUGCCUCAAUCGCCAAUGUCAGGAAAAGGGCUCCGGGACAGAGCCUGACUCAGCGGAAUCUGCCUGCAACCGUUCCGCCAUCAAUCCAUCAAUCCAACCAUCCCAUCCAUCCGUUAUCCAUCCACGCUUUUCCCUUCAAAUGCGAGCUUGCUUCACCCUCAUCCCACCCAGUCUGCGUCACUGAUAGAUGUCUUGCGUGGCGUGCCCUCUUCCCUCCCUGCUUGUCCACCAGUCCAUGCCGCGACAGGAUCGCUCCUGGCCGUCGCAUCAUGGCGGCUGUCAACCGGAACAUGUUUGACGCAAGCGUCACCACCGAUCGCCCGCAAGGGGCUCCGCUGAUGGUCCUGCCACUGAAUCUGAUAGCAGUGAUUGUCUCCUACGUGGAUGAUCCCGGGGAUCUCGCCCGUCUCUGUCGAACAUGCCGCGUCCUCAACUACAUGGCCCUGCCCCAGCUCUACAAACACAUCACCCUGACCUCUUAUGACAAGAUUCGGUAUCGGGAUGAGGAGCCUGAGGGAAUGGGCAGCGCCAGUCCAUUCUCGAUGGGACUGAACGCCAUCAUCACCCGUCCUUAUGCCACACUCGUACGGUCGCUGACGCUCCGGGGCAACUGGCGGGAGCUCGAGCUGGAGGAACACGCGCGCGUGGGCCGCGUGCCGGACUCGUCGAUGAUGCUGAACAUCGCGGUACGCGCGGCGGUGGAUAAGAUGACGGAGCUGGAAAGCUUCAGUUGGGAGCUCAACACCAAGAUGCUGGAAACCGUCUAUGUCGGGCUGGCCCGGUUGCCCAAGCUGACCGCGCUGACCUUACGGUUCCCCUCAAGUCGCCAUCCCCGGCCGACGAUCGUGAUCCCGCCCAUGCCGCACCUCCGAUACCUCAAAAUCACCGAUAUCGACCCCCUUUGCUAUCCAGAUGACAUCUCAACCCUCUUGUGGAAGUGCCGCAAGUUGCGGGAACUCAACAUGCAUUGGUCUCCCCGAAUGCGGAAUGCGCAGGAGCCCAGUGUCAUGGUCCACGACUACUUUCGCAAGUGCAUCGCUGCGAAACAGCCGCUCUCGAUCAAGAAGCUCGGCCUCCAGAAUCUGUACGCCUUGCACACGGAAGACUUCAAUCGGGCUGUCGAUAACAGCACCGUCGAGGAAGUGACCGUUCUCAACAACAGCGGAGCGGAGCUUUCGAUGAACACCUUUGUGGACAGCACUUGGCCCUCGGCGCCAGUGUUCCGCAUCCGCAUCAAAUCCAUGCGGCAGGAUGCUGUCUCCCGGAAGCAUGCCGAUUUCCUCAACAAUUUCACUGGGCUGGAAAGGUUAUACUUUGUCAAUGCCACCCUGAAUCCCAACGACGACAUCAACUCCCCUCGGCCUCUAACCUCCAAUACCGUACUCACUCCUCCCGCGUCCGACCUCUCACGGUCCGCCAGCAAUGGAUCCUUUACCACUUGUUCCAAUUCACCCAGCUUGCAUGCCAGCACCCGCGAUCUUUACCUGAACAACAUCACGAUGAAUCACGCCGCCACCUUACGACACCUCUUACUUCCCGCUCGUUGGCCGCUCUCCGCACCGACGGUGGCGCGCCUCGUCCACGCCAGCCCGCAAUUAGAACAGCUAGGCUUCGCCACGGAGUUCUCCGAUCUGGAAGCAUUAGGACUUCUGCUCCCUUUCCUCCGAAAUCUGAAAGCGCUGCGCCUUCUCAUUCCGACCAACUCUACGCCAUCCGAUGCGGGUCGUGGUCCCCCGCCUGCAAAAACACUCAAAUACUCCUCCCAGUCGGCCAACGCCUUAGGUUCGGCCCUGACUAUCUCCGACCUCGUAGACGCCGACGAUGAGAUCCUGAUCGCCAGACUUAGCGAGUCCCUUGCAGACCAGCAGGUUUUUCACCGGCUGAAGAUUAUUGGCUUGGGCCGGAAAGGCUUCCAGCUAGGCGAUUACUAUACGGUCUCGGCCGAACAGCCGGACUCGCACGGACAGGUCCAACUACAAACGCCCACGGGCUCCCGCGCGACCAGUGCCGAGGCUAAUGUGGGCUAUGAGAAGAGUCCGGCGGCCGAGGUUCCCUUCACGCCAGCCAACGGACAUACGGCCGUGGUGCCGUCGCAAACAAACGGCCACCCACCCUCGCUACUCGGCAAACGGGCGCGAGAAGACGACUCCCCUGCUACGGAACAGGGAGAAGCCAAACAAAAUCCAGACGAAGAGUCAAUGGAACAAAGACUCAAUAAUCCCUGCGUACCCCAAUUGCUCCGCGAUGGUCGGUUCUGGCGCCGACGCGUGCGACGAGUGGGGUGGGAGGUACUGAAACAUUGGGAGAUCUGGGGACUAGACAAACAGGAGUUAUAA